UCCUCGUCAAAAAAUAACUGCCUUCUUUGCAAAAGGUAUACUGCAUUGUGCACCUUCCAUAGCCGCAUGAUGGUUCAACUCCAGGACCUUCCCAUCGAGGUGCUGUCUCAUUGUCUGUCCUUCAUUAGGUGGCCCUAUCCGGCCCGUGCUCUCGCUUGGAAUUCACUACAUAUAAAUGAUCCAUCAGACAUUACAUAUAGAACACGGCGCAGUUUGAUGAACAUUUCCCUUGUAUCACGGAUAUUCCGAGACCUAGCACAGCCAUUGUUGUUCCGUGAUUUCGAAGACAAUAAUGAGGAUGACAACCUGCGCCGAUUAAUUCGCUUUUUAAAAGCUGUCAUUGUGCGCCCACAACUUGGGAAGUACGUCCAGGUUGUCGCUUUGCACCCUAUCGACUACGAGUUGCUUGACGAUUUGAAGGAAGUUCUGCCCAGUCAGGACAUAAAUUUUUUUACGCGUGCAGUUCAAGAACUUGAACUAGGUGAUCAGGAACAGGCGUGGCUGUCGGUCACAAAUCGGGAUGAUGCCAGCAUCCUACUAGCUCUUUUGCUCACUAAGACCCCGAAUCUGCGCCUACUCUACUUCACCGGUAGUGCAUUUUCCAUGAAGCCACUGAGCCCCCUGUUUGCGCGCGACCCAUCUUUCUUGUCCAACCUUGAAGAGCUUUGCAUCCAAGGCUACGAAGACCCCGACCACGACAUCGCAGACUUUCAUGAAUUUCUUGCCCGCCCUCGCUUGAAGCGUUUCAUUAGUGACUCUGGGGACCUCGCAUACCGCAGUAUCCUUACCCCUUCGGCUCCCAACACGCUCACAAUGGAGCGAUGUUACCUCCGCCACUGUCAACUGUACUCCGAUAACCUGAAGAAACUAACCCAGGCAUGCAAGAAAUUGACGCACUUCAUGUUCAUCGGUUGGAGCAGAAGUCUCGGUACGUUUCUAAAUCCGGGGAGGACUCCUCUUUUUGAUGAAGUCGAUCUAUUCGAAGCGCUCCUACCACACCAGGACACCUUGACACAUCUUGACAUAGAAUUUCUUGACGGCCGCAUCCCUCCUCAGAUCAGAUUAUACCCCAAGCUUCCGGGAGGGAAGUUGCCUUCGCUUCGUGGCUUCACUGUCAUGAUAGACCUCACGGUCCAAUUUUCCCUCCUUAAGCCCCGCCCGGAAUUUCCCUCCACUUUGAAGCGACUGACUAUUACGGACUGUAACGCGUCUCUCUGGAAUAUGACUUAUUGUAUCGCAACCGACUGCAAAAACGGACGUUAUCCAGAGCUAGAGAAAAUUCAACUCCUGUCAGAGAAUGCCACACAACUUAUCGAACCGGGAAGACAGAAUAUUCCGGAGGACCAAGUGCCCGACCAAUAUUUCCGGAGUCUCCGAAAUCUGUUCAAGGGUACCAACGUGGAUUACCAGAUCAUUUCCCCCAUGGAGCCUGGAAUGCGCGUUGGCGACGACUUGGAGGAAGGGGAUUGAGAUUCAUGAGGAAGAUGAGACCGAAGGCUCGGUUGGCGUUUUGGCAGGGAUGGUCAGUUCACUGGCAGAUGUGGGUCAUCCAGGAACGUGGCAUGGAACAUUUCAUGGGCUACGGAAUGGAGCUAGGGAGCGAUGACAUGGACACUUGAGAUAUUCCUCGACAGCCCAUUGAGGUGAGGUUUAUAGAUGCUAUUGCUAUUUCGCUAUCUCUUGAUCCAUAUAAGAAAG